CAAUAAUAUUAUUUUAAAAAAUGUAAAUAGUAUAAAUUAUUUAGGUAGAGUCAUAAGUUCAAACAACUCGUCUGUUCAGCAUGUAAAUAAAACGAUCUCUAAAUCGAAUCAAACGAAUAUGUUUAUUCAAAUGCUCAGUGGUUGCCGCUUCGGAGUACAUCCAAGCAAGUCACUACUCUUUUAUAAAGCAUUUAUUAGAACUAGAUAUGAAUACGCCUGCUCCUCUUUUUCAAACAUAUCAAAAUCAGUACAAAACAAUAUAAAUAAGCAUGCUAAUUUCCACCUUAGAAAGGCCUUAGGACUUAUUAAAUCGACUCCAAUUAAUAUUAUUUAUAAUCUUGCAGCUGAACUUCCUCCAGCUUAUAGGAUUAAAUUCGCUACAGCGAAGGAGUUGGCCAAAACGUUCGCUCAUGGACUACCAUCUGCGUCGCUUCUGUCAAACUCCUUUGUAGCCAAAAAUACUAGUUACAGUAGAAUUUAUGCUGAAUUUAAAAAUAUCCUGGAUAGUAUUGCUCCUAUUUGUCCUUACUCUCUGUCCACACGCAAGAUUUCAGUUGACACAAAUUUCUUUAAAGGUACUUGUACAAAUAAAAAAAUGGCAAACGAGACUAUAAUUCUCUCUUUAUUUAAAGAAAAAAUAAGAAGUUUAACCUCAAAAAAUAUGGAAAUCAUCUUCACGGAUGGUUCUGUGUCGGAAAAUUUUACAGGAGGUGCCUUUGUCCACUUAAAUUCCAAUUCGAUAAAAAGUUUCUACACCGACAAAAAACUAUCGUCGCUGACUGCUGAACUCACAGCCCUAGAAAAAGCCAUUGACUUCGGUAUUUCAAAAAAGUUCUCCAAAAUAGCAAUUUUAACUGACAGUCUUGGUGCCAUCCAGACAAUAAAGAACACGAACUCCAAAAACUGCAUCUCUCAAUGCAUUCUGAAAAAAGUCAUAAACAACCCAACCCUGCUAUCCAUAGAAUUUCACCACAUUCCAAGCCAUUCCAAUAUUUGGGAAAACGAUCUCGCAGAUACAGCGGCUAAAAAUGCUAAAAUUAACGGCUCUUUCGCACCCGUCAGAUGGACCCUUAAGGACGCAAUCAAUCAUAUGUUCGCGCAAAUAAAACAAGACUGGGAGCGUGAAUACAGUCUGUUCUCAUUAGAGCGUAACAAGGGUUACUCUCUCCUCUCACCAUAUACCACUUCCAAGCCUUGGUUUAAAAACAAAGAACACCUAUUCAACCGUAUAGAAACGAAGACUCUAAACAGAAUCUUAAGCGGACAUGCUUUUGACAAAUACACACUUUCCAAAAUGAAAGUCUACGAUAACGCCCUAUGCGAUUCGUGUAACGUUAAUGAAGACAUUUCGCAUAUUUUGUUAAAUUGCUCAAAAUAUACACCAACAAGACAAAAUUAUCCAACACUACUUAAAUAUAACGAUAUCUAUCGUUUACUUGGAAAUGAACCAAUUGAAAAUUGGACAUCGAUUACCAGUUUCAUUCGAGCUGCUAAUAUUAAUAUCUAAUACAACACACUCCACACUGCUCAUUUAACACACUAUAACACCAUCCACGCUUAUACCAACUCACAAAAUCUCAAAAUUAAAAUUUCUCACACAUAUUGAUAACAUUUUCAUCGCUUAUCGUUCAUCGUCAUCGCUCAUCGUUCAUUGUCAUCAUAACAUCACCAGAAACUACUGCACGAUAUUUACAUAGCUGUCCAUUAAAUUUUGUUUUUCUUGAAAUUUAAUUUCAUACAUUGGCAGUGGCGUUAACCCGUUCCAACGGGGCGGCCAAAUAAUUCUUCCCUCUUCACGGAAGGAAGUAACUUAAUAUUUAAAAAAAAAAAAAAAAUUCUCCGUGCGAACAGUCAAGUGCAGUGCAGUUGCGCGAGCUUAACAAACAAUAAAACAAACCAAGUGCUAGCAGCUAGGGGCAGCGCGAACAAUAAUGACUUGCCAACGAAAUCCGCACACUUGGUGAGGGGACUUCGGCGUGUUGAGUUUCCCAAUCGCGUACGCCAUUUUCGCGCAUUCCGUCUGCGGUCCUACUAAUCGAGUCGAGUAAUUUUCUUGCGAGCUAAAAAUUAUAUGAAAUUGCUGGCGAAAAGCGAUUUGCAAGCCGUGUAACCGAAAAACCAGCCAAAAGCGCUACGUGGUGCGUGAGUGCGAGUGCGAGUGCGACGGAAAGCCCCAGUGAGCAGUGAGCUGCGAGCGAAAGAACGGGGGAGAGAGAGAAGACGACCAGCAAACUCUACAAGCACACAAACAACACAAUGAUGAAAAUGGAGACUGACAAAAUAAUGGACGAAACCAACUCCAAUGCACAGGCCUUCACAACCACCAUGCUGUACGACCCGGUGCGCAAGAAAGACUCCUCGCCCACCUACCAAACGGAGCGGGAACUCUGUUUUCAGUACUUCACCCAGUGGAGCGAGUCGGGCCAGGUGGACUUCGUGGAGCACCUUCUGUCGCGCAUGUGCCACUAUCAGCACGGCCAGAUCAAUGCCUAUCUCAAGCCGAUGCUCCAGCGGGACUUUAUCACACUGCUGCCAAUCAAGGGUCUGGAUCACAUCGCCGAGAACAUUUUGUCGUACUUGGAUGCCGAAUCGCUCAAAUCGGCGGAGUUGGUCUGCAAGGAAUGGCUCCGCGUCAUCUCCGAGGGCAUGCUCUGGAAGAAGCUCAUCGAACGCAAGGUGCGCACAGAUUCCUUGUGGCGCGGAUUGGCCGAGCGGCGCAACUGGAUGCAGUACCUCUUCAAGCCAAGACCGGGCCAAACGCAGCGGCCACACUCAUUCCAUCGCGAGUUGUUCCCCAAGAUAAUGAAUGACAUUGACAGCAUAGAGAACAACUGGCGGACUGGACGCCACAUGCUGCGCCGCAUCAAUUGCCGGUCCGAGAACUCAAAGGGUGUCUAUUGCCUGCAGUACGACGAUGGCAAGAUUGUCUCCGGGCUGAGGGACAACACCAUCAAGAUCUGGGAUCGCACGGAUCUGCAGUGCGUCAAGACUCUUAUUGGCCACACUGGAUCGGUGCUGUGCCUGCAGUACGACGACAAGGUGAUCAUCAGUGGCUCCAGCGACUCCACCGUCCGCGUGUGGGACGUGAACACCGGCGAGAUGGUCAAUACCCUCAUCCACCACUGCGAGGCGGUGCUGCACUUGCGCUUCAACAAUGGUAUGAUGGUGACCUGCUCCAAGGAUCGCUCCAUUGCCGUCUGGGACAUGACCUCGCCCAGCGAGAUCACGCUGAGGCGCGUGCUCGUCGGCCACCGGGCCGCCGUCAAUGUGGUGGACUUCGAUGAGAAAUACAUCGUCUCCGCCAGCGGGGACCGCACCAUCAAGGUCUGGUCCACCUCGAGCUGUGAAUUCGUGCGCACCUUGAAUGGCCACAAGCGUGGCAUCGCCUGCCUGCAGUACAGAGAUCGCCUGGUGGUCAGUGGCAGCUCAGACAAUUCCAUAAGACUUUGGGACAUUGAGUGCGGCGCCUGCUUACGUGUCCUGGAGGGCCACGAGGAAUUGGUUCGCUGCAUCCGUUUCGAUACGAAACGAAUCGUCAGCGGCGCCUACGAUGGCAAGAUCAAGGUUUGGGACCUGGUCGCCGCCCUGGAUCCGCGGGCAGCCUCCAAUACUCUCUGUCUGAAUACACUUGUGGAGCACACUGGUCGCGUCUUUCGUUUGCAAUUCGAUGAGUUCCAGAUUGUGAGCAGCUCGCACGAUGAUACAAUUUUGAUUUGGGACUUUCUAAAUUUCACACCCAAUGAGAACAAGACCGGACGCACACCGUCACCGGCCCUGAUGGAACAUUAACAUUUUAUGCAACGGCAGCUGCGCGAGCUACAUCUGCAAUCCUCGAGCGACGACGAGGAUGAAGAUGAGAACGAGGACGAUGGCGAGCAUUUCGAUGAGGAUUCUAGAGAUGAUGCUGGGGCGUUUAUGGGGGGAUAUGUUAGGCAUCGGGAUGCUGGUGGUUCGGUCUCCGUCACCGGUUCCGGCUCGGAUCCAGAAUCGGAUGACCCGGACUUUGAGAUAGAUGUUGAGAAUAUAAAUGAUUAUGAUGAGUGAUGAGUGAAUGGUUAUUGGCCAGCAUGAGUAAACACAGCAUUGCGACUUGUCUAUUUCGAAACUAUGUUGAACCCAAGAUAUAGCGAUCUCUAAGCGUCUAAUUUACAAUCGCACACACCACACACACACCCCCACACGGAACACACACAUGAUAUGAAUUAAUUGAAGUUAUAAAGCAAGCAAACAAUAAAUGCAAAAGGAGUAUACAAAAUAUAUACAAAUAUUUUCGCAAAACUGGCUGUUAGGUUUGUCAUGUACGAAUGAAAAUGAAACAAAAACGGAUGAGGAAGAUGAAAAACUAUGUAUUAGUUAUUUAGGCGCUUUAAUACUAAUCGAGGGUCAGUCUUUGAAUCGCGCUUCGGAUCGGUGGAUCCAUCGAUCUCUCGAUCGGGCGUUAGUUUAAGUGUUUCUUUAGCUCAAAUACACAAGGAUCGCGUUUAGGAAGCUGCCGCCUUAAGACAACAGGAAGAGAAGGUCUGUGAAAUAUGGCUUGGAACAUUUUCGCAGGGAAUCUGUCCUGGAGAGCGGUUAGAGGAAUCAGUCUUUAGCAUAAAUGUUAGUUAGAGUCGCUUCAUUGAAAUUGGCAUAAGCACCAGUUCGGUUCGCCGCAUUGCAUACUUGUAACCUACUUUACAUGCCUAUUGCCUAAUGUUUGUGUUAAUUGUAAAGUUAAAUUUAAGCCUAGUAUUUUAUUGGCAAUUGUAAUCUAAGUUACGCAAAAUACAAAUUAAAUAAUUUAAAUUUAAAGUUAAUUGUGUAAAGUAAAGGACGACACGCGCCGUGUCCGCAAUUGGUAGUUUCCCAUCUUUCGGGUGCAGAUCAACUGAAAAUUAAUCCAUUGUACUGCAAUAUAUAACCGAUUCUUUGAUUGAUCUAUGAUAACUCUAGAUUCUAGACCCUAGAUAUUCAGAUGUAUGUAGAAAAUAGCAAAUUUCCAGGCAGUUUCAACCACAUAUUUACACGUAUACAGUUCGUUGAUUGUGAUCAAUGGAUAUUUUACUAUAUGUAUUGCUAUUUGUAAGUUAAGUUCCAAUGCUAUACUUGAUCUGGAUCACGAUCGCCGCUUCCGCGUUAACUAAUGUAUGUACAUAACGUUUUACUUUAACAAAAAGUUGAUGAUGAUAUUGAUAUGAACACGUACCCCGGAAUAUGUAAAACUGUUAGUGGAAGGAGGGCAGCUUGUUAAACGAUGGCCGAGCAACUGCUACUGCGCGAAUGGGCUUAGUAUAGGUAACAUAACUAGAAGUAAUAAAUAAUAAAUUGUGUAUAAAUGCUAAA